GAGCGAAGUUCUUGAAGCCGCGGUCGGAUUGGAGGAUGGAGUUGGAGCAAAUCCCGCCACCUGCUGGCCACGAGGGAAGCCUGCAUUCACAACCGAGUACACUGAGGAAUAUGACCUGAAAGAUCCGAUUGGUUCCUUCAACCGAGUUGGGCGGCAGAUUCUGAAGGAGAUGGUUGACGAGCUCCCCGCACUCUACGAGCUGCCUCAGAAAGAGGCGAAAUGGGUGGAGGAUUCGCUGGAGUACAACACGCAAGGCGGGAAGAUGAAUCGCGGCCUUAUCGUCGUGGAGACUGGAGUGGCGAUCAUGAAACACCAGGGCCGGGAGCCCACCAAUGCUGACCUCAAUCGCUUCGCUGUGUUGGGCUGGGCGGUGGAGUACCUCCAGGCCUGCAUGCUCAUGGCUGAUGACAUGAUGGACGGCUCGGUGACCCGACGCGGGAACCCUUGCUGGUACAGGCUCCCCCAUGUCGGCCUGCUGAAUACCAACGAUUUCCUGAUGGUGGAGAUGUUUGUCUACAAAAUCCUCAAACGACACUUCGGCCAGGAACGCAUCUUUCCUUGGCUUAUGGACCUUUUUCUGGAGACGACUUUCCAGACAGAAUGCGGUCAGCUGUUGGACUCGAUCUGCGCCAACUGCGAGUUGGAGGAGCUGACAACAGAGCGCUGGACGCUGAUCGUGAAAUACAAGACGGCUUUCUACUCCUUCUACCUCCCGGUGGCUCUCGCAAUGCUGGUCACGGGUGUUCGUGACAAGAAGGCCUUCGAUACUGCGCGGGAAGCGUUGCUGCUGAUGGGCAUCUACUUCCAGGCCCAGGAUGACUACUUGGACGCCUUCGCGAGUCCGGAGGUGCUCGGCAAAGUUGGAACUGACAUCCAGGACAAGAAGUGCAGCUGGCUGUUCGCCCAUGCCUACCACGAGCAAAGCACUCCGGAGGCCGCGAGGGUUUCCCAGACCUCAUGA